AAAGGCAUGAAAAUUGAACUUUUGAAAUAUUAUUAAAAAUCUGUUUUGAACAAUAUUAAACGCCUGUAUAGAACUUAGAUCUUGUGAACUAGUAUGGGCAAUUUAAAUAUCAACUCUUACAUAGAGUGAGUGUUAGAUUGGUUACUUCUAGAAGGCUCCGCAAAAAUCCAAGAUGGCUUACAAAUCGACAUGUCACAUGUCGAAGUUGCUUAGACUGGAGGCAAGGAUAAUGCACUUAAAACACACAGGUUGUUUAUCAAAUAAAUCGCCUAAUGGAGUAACAAAUAAAAGUGUAAAGCAUUUUUCUACAUCUACAACAUGUUAUGCAUGUUCAUAUCAAAACACUUCAAGAUCGACCAUCCAGAGUUUUAGACAAUGGCAUUUGACAAUACUAAUGAAGUAUGGCUUGCCAACUCAGAAAUUACAUAUUCAAUUUUAUCAUAGUAAUGUAAUGCCUUCUCGAGUACCAGCAUGGAAUCAUACAAACAUUAUUUGCAAGCAUAAGAUGUCAAGCAAAUCAAAGCCAAUAAUCGUUCCUCAACUUUGGAAUGACGAGAACAAUGAAAAUAUAAAGGAGAGAUUGCUGAAAGCUAGACCUGAAUCCUUUGUCCACUAUGUCUUCCAGAAGGAAAUUGCAAAAGAAAUAGUUGAUUGUUUAGAGCCUCACCUUGAAGCGUCAGUGCCAUUUCUAGAGUGCAAUGCAGGUCCUGGUUUACUCAGCCAAGAGCUGUUGGAACGUGGUGUUGAACAGUUGACAGUGACCCAGGCACAUGAACAGUUUCUUCCGUAUACUCAGAAACUAUGUGAUAAGAGUGAGGGAAAGAUGUCUCACCAUGCAUUUAAGAUGAACAGUCUGACCAGCCACAAGCUCUAUGUAAAACAUGACUUCCUGGGGCAUGUACAGCCAAAACAAUGGGAAGCUGGAAUUCCUCUCCAGAUGUUUAACAUCAUCUGCCAGAGCAAGAUAGACUUCAAGCAAAAGCAGUUCCUUACAUAUCUUAUCAAUUGUUGCAUCACAGAAGAGAGCAUCUUCAGCCUCGGGAGAACUCAGACAUUUUUACUCAUUGCUGGUCCUAUGCUAAAGGCUAUACUUGGAGAGGUAGCUGACACACAUAUGAACUAUAAUUUAUUUAGCAGGACCAGGGGUGUGAAGAUUCUACUGAAUAUCAUCUUUGAUAUUGAGCAAAUAGGAAAGUGGAGAAGUGAUGACUUCUUUCCUCCGCUAACAAUUGCUUCUUCAAGCAAAACUUUAAGGGGUAAGGAUCAAACCUUACAUCUUGUGAAGAUGACCCCAAAAUUGGAUCUUUUUGAAGUGCUCCCCCAUCCUACUUUAGUGAAACUCCCCAUGUUUGUGUAUCACUUAUUGGCUGGAAAGUUGCCCUACAGAACUAUACCAGAACUCGAAAAAUGGGUGCCAGGGUGUGGUAUUGAUCUGAUUGCUAAUGGCUUCACUAUGAUGGAACAAUUGAAAGAGAUUACUGCAGAGCAAGUAAUUACAGCAUUGAAGGUGCUGACAUCUGCCAGGGGAUAUCCAGGUUCAUAUCUUUCCUCGAUCACACUAGAUGAUGUCUACAACAGUUACUUUAAAAAUGCUCCUAUAAUCUUGCAGAAUACCAGCUCAUAUGCUAAGACAUUGUCAUGGGAACCUUCUAUUGACUUAAAAGAAAAAUCUACAAGAAUAUCAUAACAUAUUAAGAACUCUUGUGGUUUACUCUACUGAUUGAAAUCUUAAUGAAUCAUCUUUGUUCUUUCCAUUUCUUAAAUUGGUACUAAAUAAAUAAAACUUGCAAAUCAAUAAUUUAUAUAAUUGAUCGCACCAUGAUAAUUUAGACAGUAAACAAUCCAAUUAUAUGGCUAAAAUGUUACACAUUGCUGAGGUUUGUUUACUUGCAACUGGCUUUACUUUUCAGUAUACUACCAUGUUUCUUUAAAGAGGUAAUGAAAUGGCUGUCAAAAAAUUUUCAUAUUUCAAGUUUUCACAACUGACUCUAAUUACAACCAAAGUAAAAAGUACUUUGAGUUCGUAAAUAUAAAGUACAACUAGAUCCUUUAAUUAGUAUUAAGAUGUCUACUAUAUUUCAAAUGAAAUUUUAUAUACAAUCAUAUGCUGAUAAGUUAUUAUUUAAUAAGCCAAAGUUAUUGUACGUAUGACACUUCUUGUACAUGUGCAUAUUAUAUUACAUAUCAAAUAGACAUUUGGCAAGUGUGUAGACACUGAUUGUUUCCUCUUACAUAGAUGAUACAAUUUUAUAAUCUCAUGUUUUAACUAAAUAUCCUCACUAUAUUGUAGGUAUUUAAAGUGCAUGAUUAAGAAAAUAUAAAACUCCAUAGUUUCAUUGUGUCUCAUAAUGUUUUAAAAUGUUACAUGGUAUAAAUUUUAUAAAGAUUACAUAAAAUUUUAAUUCAAACUUUACUGAGUUUUUAUUACACCAC